UAUGCCUUUUUUUUAACGCUGCCUAGACUUUAGAUUGGAACUUGCAUUUGUUGAGCUCCCAGCUUGCAGGAUUCAGCAUCUUCCUCCUGUGCAUUUCACCAAAGGGAAUGUGCCUCUGCUUCACCCUCCCAGAGCUCUGGGAUGUCAAGGAUUUGGGGGCGGCAGUGAGGGGACUGGGGCUCUUCUGUGUGAGGGUAUCAAUUUCUCCCUCGGUGCAUUCCUUUCCUCCUUGCUCUGCACUGUUAGGGGGGUUGUGUUUAUAAUGACUGUGUGAUGAGUCGAUGAGUGAGACCUCCCUCAGCUGAACACAUUGGCUUCGUAGUUGCUUACAGCCUCGAGGAAGUUUGUUCCAGCACCUGACACUCUGGCGAGGAAAGCAAGGCGGCAAGGAUCCCACUCCCCUGCCCUCAACUGCUCAUCGGCACAGGGGGUCAUUUCUCUGUCCUCCUCUCUUUGUUGGAAAGGCUGGAUUAAAACAAUACCAUGAAUGGGACUUUUUUCAACCAGACCGUUGUAGAGCAAGGGGUUUAUACCAACCGGACCCAGGAUCUGGGAACUCUGAUGGGCUGCUGCAAUGGGACCGGGUCUCUGGUGGCAAGUGAUGGGGGAUCUUCAGUCCUGCUGCCUGAUGAGAGGAACCUCUAUAUCACACGGGUGGUGCAGAUUGCAGUGCUCUGUGUCCUCUCCUUGACUGUGGUGUUCGGGAUCUUCUUUCUGGGCUGCAACUUGCUCAUCAAGUCAGAGAGCAUGAUUAACUUUUUGGUGAAGGACCGCAGACCCUCCAAGGAUGUGGGAGCUGCCAUCAUGGGGCUUUAUUGAGAGGAUGCUGUGAGUUUGUGGGCAUGAGUACUGUAUGUGAUUCUGGUCAAGAUGUGGAGUCCCAUACAUUGGGGGGGGGGGAGUUAGGGGUGUGCAGAACGUGGACUUGUUUUAAUGUAUGAGUGCACAAGGACAAAACAGUUCUGUGCUUUGGUGAAUGCGCUGGUGAGAGGGACAGAGACACCUCCCUGGCUUUGUACAAAGCACAAAAAUAAAAGCAUCGUUCUAAUGUUGCAUGCAGAAAUGUUUUUUAAGUUUUGCAUGAAACUUGCAAAAAGAUAAAAUUGUGAAAAUCUGGAGUCUUUUAUGCUGUUACCUUGGAUACUGCUACCUGUUUUUUAGGGCUUUUAUUUUUUUUUUAAACAAACGUAACCAAACAAAAAGCGAAAUGUGUUGUGUAAGAAAAAUAAAUAAAAUGUUUGUGGGGGCAGGGAAAGCGAGGUGCUCAGUGAGUUUCCAAGCAGAGGCUGCAUGCUGAUGAAAUGUGCCAGUCGAUUUCUAUUCCGGACCUCAAGCUCAGACCCUUUUGUAGACGAAGAGUUUUGUAAAUGGAAAAGCAUGUUCUUUAUGGCUUUUUUUCCCCUGUGUGUCUGAGCUAUCCUGUUUAAUGAACUGGGGGCUGUUUUGUUUCACAUUGUAGGGAAAGAAGCAAAAAGCAAACUAAAAAGACACAAAAGUGUGGCUCUGUUUUUGUAUGCAGCAACAUUUUUUUUCACUGUUACAUUGUUACAUCCUUGGGGUUUUUUGU